UAAACUAGAAGAAGUCGUUCUUAUUAAUGGUGUUACUUUUAAUGCCAUGACAUUGCGAUUUAAUUUUGAUUCUUAUUAUGCUAUUUUUUUUUAAGAGAACUUAAAUUAUCCAUGGCUAUCUCAACUCGGUGACUUUGUGUCGUGGAUUUUGGGGGAACACUCCCAGGAAAGCAGCUACAGUACAACAGAAAGAAAAAAGCUGAGGCGGUUGCUGUUGAUGUCGAACAACGAAGGUACCAAAAUGCCGACCAUUAAACUGCAGUCUUCGAACGGGGAAGACUUCGACGUCGACGUCAGGUUCCUGAAGUGCUCGGGAAUCAUGAAAGGCUUGCUCGAGGAUGGCGACAAGGAGGAUAAGAAGAAGGAACCUCUUGUUCUGCCGAAAGUGAAUUCGGAAAUUUUGCGCUUGGUCAUGAUCUGGGCCGAGUACCACAAGGACGACCCCGAGCUGCCUAUGGGCGGUCCACCGAUGACAUCAUUCCCUGGGACAUCGAGUUCCUCAAGAGCCUGCUUUGGCUCUGUUCUAGUCUGAUCUCCAACCUUCUUUUAUAAGCAAUGUAAUUUCUUAGGAAAUUAAUUUAGUAAUAGGAUAAUAUUACCUUGAAAUAUUCGACCAAAUAUAAAAAAAAUGGAAUGUGAUGCGA